AUGUUCUCACUUGUUAGUGCAAUCUGCCUNCUACAUAAAAACGUUUUUUUUAGGAUGUUCUCACUUGUUAGUGCAAUCUGCCUACUUGGAGUUGUAGCGGCUCAAUAUGGCAAUACAGCUCCUCACCCGCCUCCUCCACCGCCUCCUCCACCACCUCCUCCAUUCCCAGUUGUAUUUCCGCCGUCUGGACCUGGCCCAAUUAUACUUCAACCCGAAGUGAUUCCUCCUUAUCCCGAGCCUCUUCCGCAGCAACAAUCUUUCAUUCCUGACCCAUUUGCAACUUGGCCAUGGGGCUACCCCGCUCCAUCGCCUCCACAACCCGCAUCUUGGCCAUUCGUUGAAGUUAUACCGACAACUCCGCCCGUGAACCCCCUUCCCUAUCCUUUCCCCACCGGU